UUGUAGCAUAUGGGAAGAUGAUCCUUUUUUUCCCUGGAAUUUCAUAAUAUGUUCACUAGGACUUAAUUUUUGAGUCAUGGACAUGCCUUAGUCUAAUAGGAGCCUGAAGUUGUAAUAUGGUUUUCAUAAGCUUAAAGAAUGAAUUCCUGUUGUAGAGAAAUAGAACUUUGUAGUAACUCAUACCAUUGGUUUGGUAUAUCUGGGCCAAUGCUUGCAUUUCUUUGAGUGUUAAAGAUUAUAGUUCGAGUUGACAGCAUUCUCUUUCAGCUAAUUAAGGUAUGAUCUCUUAUAGCUGAAAAUCUCCUAUUCGUUGAAAAUUAUGGAUCUACUCAUGCAUUUUAUCUACACGGUGGAUUGGUAUGCUUGGAAAAGAAAAUACAGAUACUAUUGCUAUUAGCCUAUACUAAACAAAACAGGAAUAAGUUCCCAUCACUGGCAAAAUAAUGAAUUUGCAACUUGAGGAUUUGUUUUUGAUAUCAAUGGUAUAGUUUCAUCUAUUUUGCAUCACCAGGAAAGCUUGAAUAGAUAUGGGACGUGGAGUUAGCAGUGGUGGAGGACAAAGCUCAUUGGGCUACUUGUUUGGGGAUGGUGAGGCGCCAAAACCUGCCACAGAAACCAGAGCUCCUCCAAGUGAAGUUAGGCCGGCAAGCAAAGAGCUUCCCCAAAAGCCUAACGCUGCUGCUUAUCAAAGUGCAGAUGUUAGUAAACAGAUUCCUGCAGGCAUUCAUAGUAGCACUGCAAACUACUUAAGAGCAGAUGGUCAGAACACUGCCAAUUUUAUUACGGUAUGUCUUUACUGAAACACGUUGCUGGUUUUAA